AUGUACAUGGUUAUCUAUCCUCUGGUCUAUGUCCUCCUCUCCCUUCCUCUGGCCGCGGGGCGGAUGUCUUCAGCCAGAGGUGUCGUUCCCAGCAAGGCAUACUUUACUACCACCAGUGCCCUCAUGGCUCUGUCUGGACUUAUGGAUGUCGUUAUGUACAUAGUGACCCGCCGGCAUCUACUAAUGGACACUGACGUCAGCACGUCAGACCGUUACUAUACUUACACCAGCUUAAAUCUGUACAACACGCACGUCAGCACCACUGUUGUGGGCCCCGAGAACAAGAAGUCUCGGGUCAAGUCGCGCCUCCGCCGUGGGCUGCAAAGUAUCAACGAUACGGUGCUCGAUGACCGAGGCGACUCGACAGACGAUAUUGUGCCGAAAGGCGACAUGGAGCUCGGCAAUAUGGCCCACGGAGUAUAUCAGGAAACGACUAUUGAGAUCACGCACGAAGCAGCAGAGCCAGAGGAAGCUUUACGGAAGCCAAAUCGAUUUAGCAGAUGA